AUGUCAUCGCUUUUUGCCUGUAGGAGAUACAUGGAAAAUGGUGAAGAGGAGAUGUUAAUAGUGGAAGAUGAGGGGCCUGAUUUGAUUCAUCCUCAGGAUUUGGGGAAGCAACCUAGCAUUAAUAGAAGCAGUCUAGCGUGUUAUCCCUGCAAGGAGGAGGAAGAGAGAGAACACCUGGUAGCCCAUGAGAGUUUGGAUUACUUACCUUCACAUAGUAAUGCUUACAAGAAAUGGCUACAGGAGAAAACAUACAGCACAGAGUGGGAUCGAUGGCUGCUCAUGGGAUUAAUAGGAAUAGCAGUUGGGAUACUGGGAUUUUUGACUCAUCAGAUAAUUGACUGUCUCAUCAAAUUGAAAUGGGACCUGGUGGAAAACUAUCUGCAGGAUGGCAACUUCAACAUGACCUGGAUAUGUGUGCUUGGGUAUGGGCUGGCCAURAUUCUUGUGUCUUCAAGCUCAGUGCUGUUCUUUUGCCCAGCAGGUUCAGCAUCUGGGUUACCAGAAAUCAUUGGCUAUUUGAAUGGUACUUCCAUGGAACAUCUUUUUAAUAUCAAGACCUUUUUAGGAACGUUUGUCUCUUGUGUGCUGGCUGUAGCCUCGGGACUCUUCUGUGGGCCAGAAGGCCCCAUGAUCCAUUUGGGUGCCAUCAYGGGUUGUGGCCUGAGCCAACUGCAGUCGGACACCCUUGGCAUCCRCCUCCCGUUCUUGACCCGGUUUCGGAAUUCAGCUGAUAAGAGGAAUUUCAUUACAGCUGGUGCCGGGGCAGGGAUCGCUGCGGUGCUGCGUGCACCCGUCGGUGGGCUCCUCUUCACGCUGGAGGAGGUGUCCUCCUCGUGGGACAUCACACUGGCCUGGCAGACCUUCUUCUGCUGCUUGGCGGCUACCUUCACCACGGAUUUGUUGUCCUCUUCUUUCUAYGGGCUUGUUUACAGGGGUCACUUUGGAUUUUUUGAGGUGGAGAAAAGAAUUCUGUUUUGGGUUAAGGACUUGCUGGACAUGAGCGUCUUGGCUUUCAUUCCAACCAUCCUACUUGGCGUACUUGGAGGUCUCCUGGGAGCUCUCUUCGUUUCCUUAAAUCUAAAGAUUAAUAAAUUACGUAUCCAGUUCUUUAAUUCAAUUCCAAAACCAUCCCUUAGAAAAACAAGCAAGUUAUUGGAAACUGUGCUCAUCCUUGUAUGUACAACAACUGUUACAAUCUAUUUGCCAUAUUUCUUUCCUUGCACUCCAGUCAUGAGCCUGAGAAACUCCCAGCUGAGAAACAACUCAGAAAUCAUAAAGCAGUUCAAGAGGGAAGUUUCAGAAUAUAAUUGUUCACCAAACACAUCAUGGAUAGGACCAGAUGGAGUCAGAUAUUUUAAUCAAACCUUCAAUCAAGCUGCUGCUCUCCUAGCUGAAAAUGGAAAGCAAGGAAUAGCAUAUCUAUUUAAACGUGGAAGCCCUGGUGAAUUUGGAUAUGCAUCUCUCUGCUCUACUUUGGCCUUUUAUUUCAUCCUCAGCUGCUGGACUGCAGGUUCUGCUGUUGCGAGUGGCCUGGUUAUUCCUGYGCUGUAUACAGGAGCCCUGUAUGGCAGGAUAAUUGGUCUGAUCCUUCUUUCCAUUUUUGGUGUUCAAACUAAUAAAUACGGAGCAUGGAUUGAUCCAGGUCUGUUUGCUGCCAUUGGAGCUGCCUCCUUCUUCAGUGGUGUGUCAAGACUAACCAUCUCCCUCACUGUUAUAAUGGUGGAGAUCACCAAUGAUGUCCAGUCCUUGCUACUGAUAAUGCUAGCUGUCAUGGUGGCCAAGAUGGUUGGUGACUUGUUUAAUGCAUCCUUAUACAGUUCCCUCCUGAAGCUGAAAUGCAUUCCCUACUUGGAUGUGGAGCCUUUUGCUCGUCACAGGAAAAAGUGGUUGAACUUGGAAUUGUUCUCUGCCAGAGAUGUCAUGGAGUCUCAUGUCAGAGUCCUUCACCUAAAGGAAAACGUUGCCUCGUUGGCUCGGCUCCUUGAAAGUACAAGCCAUGGUGGGUUUCCAGUGGUCUACAGGCCCAAAUCAGGCCAUGCAGAGGUGUUCCAGGGAACUAUUAAGAGGUUAGAGUUAUGUAUGCUGCUGGAGAACGAGCAUAUCUUUGAAUCAGAGACUAACCAUGAGUUUUUUUCCUCUUCACACUCUCUCUCUUACCAGAAGAUAACAGUGGAGAAGCUGCCCAAUCCGYCGCGUCUAACCAUUUUGCUGAGUCGCUACACUACAGAUCCCCGGUAUCAGCAACUCUUCAUCAAUCUGGAGCCAUACAUAAACAAAUCAGCCAUGUCGGUCCAAGCUCAUUUCUCACUGCAACGCACCUACGUCAUCUUUCGCACSCUGGGGCUUCGCCACCUGACUGUUGUUGACCCACAGAACCGAGUGGUUGGGAUAAUCACCAGGAAGGAUCUCAUGCCUCUUCCGCUGGAGGAGAGGCUCAGGCUCCAGCUGGCACCACAAAGCCCUGACACGGGAAAAAAUAAUCAAAGCUUUUCCACUUUUCUGAAAAAGAGAUGCUUAAAAGCUGUUGCUCCCCCCACACAAGUCCGUGGCCGGGGUGGCAGCGUUUGCAGGCGCUGCGUGGGCCGGGGGCUCCCUGGGGACCGCYGGUGGCRGCAGGGCCCUGCUGCCACAGCCUGUCCCCCUGCACGGGGGCAGCGGGGCCCGUACAGGGAAGGGAAGGCCUGGGCAUGGCGGGAAGCAGGUCCGAGGUCCCUUAGCCCCACAGGAUGGGAUUGGGAUCAGCUCCCGUGGUGCCUGAGCUAUGGUGAUGGGGCAGAGCUAAGGCCGGGAAGGGCAGUCAGAAUGUGGGUUGCGGUCCAUGGCCGGACAGGCCACUGCUGUGGCCCUGCUGCAGCAGGGAGUGAUGGUUCCAAGCYCAAAUGGUGUCCUGGUGUCAUGGGCAAGGUGUCCAUGGUGUCCCUGUGCGAGGCUGCUCGGGGACACCCAAGUCCUGCGAGUGCUCUCGUGGCCCUGACACCGGCACAGGCUCACUGA